AUGUUUCGAACUAUACGUAAUAAUUGGAAAAAAUCUGUAUUUGCCUUUUGCGCUUUAUCCUAUGGUGCUAAUUGGUCUUACGAUCGUUAUCAAGCAAAUCAAAUUCGUCAAUUUUAUUGUCAGCAAGCAUCUAUAAUGGGCUCUCAAACAUUAUCACCUAUGACUCAUGCAAAUCGUGUAGCUGUUUUACUUAAUGGCCAAGCAAAUAAUGGUAAAGCUAAAUCGAUUUAUGACAAAACAAUAUUUCCAUUAUUACAUUUAAUUGGUCUUGAUGUGCGUGUUUAUCGUAUCGAUACAGUAACAGAUCCCAACGGUCUGAAUGAAUUGUUAACAACUAAAAUCGAACCAGAAAAAUUAAGUGCAUUGAUGAUUGUUGGCGGCGAUGGAACAUUAAGUGAAUUAACGCCUCAUCUUCUUCAAUCGAGUGUUUUACAAAAUUUACCUAUUUGCAUUAUACCAAUCGGUGAACAUUUGUCAUUCGCGCGUAGUUUGUUUCCAACGACAAAUAAAAAGAAACUUCACGAUGAUAUCACUUUACUAUGCGAAUCAGUUCUUGGUUUAUUUAACGGGAAAGUUGUUCGAAAACCUUUAUUAAAAAUUACAAUGUCAAAUACUAGUGAAAAACCAACUUAUGCAGCUACGUUUGAAUUAGGACAUUAUACUCGUCUUGAACAACUUCAAAAACGUUUAUGGUAUUUCAGUUAUUUAAAAUAUCCCGUAUCAUCCAUAUACCUUUAUAUAGCAAAUUCUGUAAAAUCAAUAUUGUCAAGUGAACAGCCGUCUCUUGUAUAUUCUAAUCCGUGUUCUGGUUGUUUACGAUGUCAACCUUCACUAAUGGAUCAAUAUCGUUUGUCUCAAGAAAAACCGAAAUCAACUUUUUUCUCGCGUAUCUAUCGAUCGAAUCGUACAAAUCCAAAACCAGUUGUGCCCGAACUAACAGAACCAGUAGAAAAUCCGAAUUGUGGUAUUGAAUACUGUAUGAAUUUAGAUAAAGAACCAGUACAAUUAUGGGCCAAAUUAACGAAUGAUGAUCGUAGUUUCGAAAUCGAUUUAAGUAAUAGAUUUGAACGUUUCAAUUAUGAUAAAGUAAAAUAUCCGAAAGAAUCGUUUAAUGUUCAACAUAUUCGAUUUUAUCCAAAUCCAAAUAUAAUUUCUCUACAUAUGUUAAUUAAUCAUGAAAAAUUAGAUAAAAAAAAGGGAAAUGAAGAAACUGAUUUAGGCGAAUGUCGCAUUGAAUUAAGUGAGAAAACAUUAAAAUUUAUUGAAAUUAAUAAUGAUUUAUUAUUAACGAAAAAAUCAACAUUAAAACCAAUAUUUAAUAAACUGGAAGAAGAUGCUCUCGAGAAAAAGACUAUUUUUCUAUUUAAUCGCCGUCAACAACACAAGCAAUCAACGUGA